AUAUUAUGGAUGAUAACAGCAAUGAUAAUUAUAGUAGUAGCAGCGGUGAAGAAGAAAAUAAAGAAGACAAUUCAAUUACAAAAAAAGAAGAAUUAUUAUUAAGAAACGACAGAACACUGACAGAUAUUUUAUUAAUUACUGAUAAAUUGGAACCACUUAUUCCUGACAGCGUGACAGAAUACUUUCUUACUAGAUCUGGUUUUUCUUGUGACGAUGAUAGAAUAAUGCGUCUUAUGUCGAUUGCGACACAAAAAUUCAUAGCAGACAUUGCAACUGAUGCAUUUCAAUACUGUAAGAUAAGACAACAAAGUAGAAAAAAUUUUGGAAAACAGCGCAAUAAAACAGUUCUAACGUUAGAGGAUCUUUCUGCUGCAUUAUCCGAAUAUGGGAUCAAUGUUAAAAAGCCUGAUUAUUAUAGAGCUUAG